AUGCACUCGAAUCCCCAACUGUCGCCAAUAGACAAACUGUCGUAUCUCGUGGCAUCUCUUUCUAAAGAUGCCAGGAAAGUUAUCGAAUCCGUCGAACACACAGCCGCAAAUUAUACUGUUGCUUGGGCACUGCUGGAAAAGCGAUUCGACAAUAAAAAGUUGAUUGUAAAAACCUAUAUUGAUAGUCUUUUUUCGAUUGAACCAAUAAAAAAGGAAUGUUACGAAUCACUAAUGCAUUUAGUUGACGAUUUCGAGCGGAAUCUGUGCAUGAUCGAGAAGAUAGGCAUUCCAACGGACGGUUGGAGUGUGUUGCUGGCACAUAUGAUUUGUAGUCACCUAGAUGCGUCGACGUUGAAGCAAUGGGAAAUUCAACACAAAUCCACGGAAGUUCCCAAAUACAAUGAUAUAAUAACAUUCCUUCGCACACAUCUUACAGUGUUACAAUCUUUGACAUUGUCGAAGUCACGUUCGGUCGAUCCAGUCAGAUUCGAUUCAAAUAGAUCACAGAAAUCUAAGAUAAAUACAAUCCACACAACUACCAAUACCACAUCAUCACCUCAGGGCUCAUGCCCUUUUUGUUUGAAAUCACCGCAUUCGCCAUUCAAGUGCGAAUCAUUCCAGAAAUUGUCGGUAGCCCAACGCUUCGAACAGGUGAAAAAGAAAAAUCUGUGCAUCAACUGUUUUUCCUCCUCCCACCUACUCAGAAAUUGUUCUUCCGGUGCUUGCAGAGUAUGCAACCAAAAGCAUCACACUAUGCUCCACCAACCAUCGCAAGAUCGCUUGUCCACUCAAUCGAAACCACACACCUCUGCUGUUUUGACCACUUCGCCAUCGCAUCAAAUUGAUCAGUCCAGCUUAUCAAACCAACCGUCACAACCACGGUUAUCAUCGUCCACAGAAUCUCAAUUGCCUUCAACCUCGGCCCAAAUUAGCCUCGUGUCCACCACUCUCGUUGGUAGCAGUCAAAGGAUGCCUGCUACAGUUCUGCUGCAAACCGCAAUCAUCAAGGUUUUCGGUUCUGGUGGAGACGCCCUGUGGGCCAGGGCACUGUUGGAUCCUGCGUCGCAGUUGUGCUUAAUUACUGAAAACAUGGUCCAGAAAUUAAAGCUUCGUCGCUAUCCAAAUCGCCAAGAAAUUGGUGGAGUUGGAAACACUCUCGUCGUGUCGUAUCAUGCUGUUGACGUUCGGAUAGGAUCUCAUUGCACCAAUUUUACGGUUGAGGAAUCUUGUCAAAUAUUGAAGAAAAUCACUCGUGAGCUUCCAGUGAACCAUGUUGAUUCGUCCACUUGGAAUAUUCCAUCCGAAGUCAUACUGGCUGAUCCAAAGUUCUAUGCUCCAGGGCCAAUAGAUUUGCUUCUGGGAAUGGAACUAUAUUUCGAUCUUCUUCUUGAAGGAUUAAUAAAACUGGGCCCUGAGAAGCCAGUUCUUCAAAAUACUGUUUUCGGAUGGGUAGCAUCCGGAAAAAUUGGAGCUCACCACCCUCGUACCCAACACAAGUUAGCUCACGUGUGCAGCGCAGAAUCAGUCGAUGAUCCAAUCUCUCGCUUCUGGGAAAUAGAAUCUUGUUGGUCCAAUAGUAUACGAUCCCCAGAUGAAACUUUCUGCGAGGAGCAUUUUGUUGCUAACACCUUUCGUGACGAAUCUGGAAGAUUUGUCGUUACCUUACCGAAACGCCCAGAUAUAUUGUCUGAACUCGGGAGUUCCAAGGAAAUAGCCACUCGAAGGUUCCUUGCCCUUGAACGCAGACUUGAUGCGAACCUCCCACUAAAAGAAGCGUACACUUCAUUUGUUGCUGAGUAUUUGCAACUCAAUCACAUGCGUGAGAUCGACGACACGGAUAACACAUUUCCGUCUUACUACUUACCUCAUCAUGGAGUAGAGAAGGUGGAUAGUACAACCACCAAAUUACGGGUGGUCUUUGACGCCUCUUGUCGAACCAACAGCGAAUUUUCGCUGAAUCAGGCGUUAAUAGUGGGACCGGUUCUACAGGAUGACAUUCUAGACAUUUCGCUUCGCUUCAGAAUUCAUCAGUUUGCUAUUAUUACGGAUGCUGAAAAGAUGUAUCGGCAGAUCCGCCUCCACCCUGACGAUUUUCCACUGCAUCGGAUUCGCUGGCAGUCCUCUUCCUCGGAACCGCUGAAAACGUUUGAACUAACCACAGUCACCUACGAAAACAUCACAAGACGAACCGUAUUGUCGGAUACAGCAAAGCUUUUCGACCCUCUCGGCCUGAUUGGGCCGGUGAUAGUCCUUGCCAAGAUAUUUGUUCAAUCUCUCUGGCGAACUUCUACAUCCUGGGACAAUCCACUAGACGAGUAUCAACAGCAGCAUUGGUUGGAGUUCCGCAGUAGUUUGCAAGGAUUAGUAUCUAUUACCAUCCCAAGGUGGGCAACCCCUUCCUUCAAUCGCGUAGUGCUUGAAAUGCACGGGUUCUGCGACGCCUCUGAGAAGGCUUACGGGGCCUGUUUGUAUUUGAGAGUUGUUUCAAAUGACGGCAGAAUAGCCGUGCGUUUACUAACCGCCAAAUCUAAGGUGGCCCCUCUCGGUGAUUCGAAGAAACACAAACGCAUCUGCCUACCGAGGUUGGAACUCUCAUCUGCCCUUCUGUUAAGCCAUCUGUACCAUAAAGUUCAAGCCAGUACAACGCUGAAUGUCAAGACAAUCUUCUGGACAGACUCGAUGAUCACUCUACAUUGGCUUCGGUCGACACCAUCUAGAUGGAAAACCUUCAUCGCAAACCGUGUUUCUGAAGUGCAGCAUCUCACACAAAGCGGUAUUUGGGCGCACGUUCCAGGCAUCGAAAAUCCUGCAGACAUAAUUUCCCGUGGUAUGCGGCCAGCACAAUUGCAAGAAACCGCAUCCUGGUGGAAUGGUCCACCCUGGCUCAGCCAACCAUCGCGUUUUUGGCCACCUCUAAUUCCACAAACUUCCGUCGAAUUGCCGUCAGAAAUGCUGGAAGAAAGGACAGUUUCUCUGCCAGUGCGGGUGCACCCUCCGAAUGAAAUCUUUUUCUUACGAUCGUCGUUUCCAGCGCUUGUUCGUCUAAUUGCACUUCUUCGUCGCUUCAUUAAUAACAGCAAGCUUAUCAAUCGCUCAAAUCGACGAUAUGGUUUCCUACAAGCUUCAGAACUCGCGGAAGCCUCCAACAACCUAGUUCGACUGGCACAACUCGAGUCUUUCAGCAAGGAUAUCGCUGCUGUAGCUAAAAAUGGCCAGGUUGACUCACACUCUGAUCUACGAACACUUGCACCAAUUCUCAUCAACGGCAUUCUAAGACUUCGUGGCCGACUCAGGCAUGCGGCCAUAUCCGAAGAUAGUAAACAUCCGAUAAUCCUACCUGCACGACAUCCACUAACUACGUCUAUUGUGACCUACUAUCACCUGAAAAAUCUUCACGCCGGUCCUCAGCUGCUUGUAGCAUGUGUCCGGGAAAAAUUCUGGCCACUUCGCAUUCGAAAUUUAGCACGAAGCGUAGUGCACUCAUGUGUGAACUGUUUUCGCUGUCGUCCUCGUACCCUCGAUCAGAUCAUGGGAGAUCUGCCUUCAGAACGAGUUACUCCAACGUUACCCUUCCUCAAUACUGGAGUGGAUCUUUGUGGACCGUUCCAGUAUCGCAAAGCCAGCAGGGCUCCACCAAUAAAAUGCUACGUAGCCAUCUUUGUUUGCCUUAUCACCAAGGCAGUUCAUGUGGAGCUAGUCUACGAUCUCUCCACUCAAGCGUUCAUAGCAGCGCUACAUCGAUUUGUCGCCCGAAGAGGAAAACCGAACCUCAUAGAAUGCGACAAUGCCAAGAACUUCAAGGGUGCUGUGAGGGAACUAAAAGAAUUAGCCAAGCAGUUUCGUUCUCAACAACAUCAAAGCGAAAUAGUCAACCGUUGUACUGAUGACGGGAUAACCUUUAAAUUCAUUCCGCCACGCAGCCCAAAUUUCGGUGGGCUAUGGGAAGCAGCGGUGAAGUCCUUCAAGCAGCACUUCCGUCGAACCGUAGGAAACUCGAUCCUAUCCCUGGACGAAUUCGUCACCCUGCUGGCCUCGAAGCCUGCUUGA